UAGUUUUUCAUGCUGAUCACGAAUUCGGCCUUUAUUUUGAGAAAAAAAACUGAAUUUUCAAUUAAAAAAUUUAAAUUUAAAAUUUUUGAAAGUUUUAAUUUUAGGACCUGGAGAUUUUCGUAAAAAAUUUUUAAUAAUACACCGUCGAAUAGAGAAUUCAAUUCUCUACAAAAUGGCUCAUUUUGUUUUGAGAAAUAUUUCUCAGUCAAGGCACAAGGGCUGCUUGCAUGUUUGAACUUCCGACUCGAUUUAAAUCCUGAGGCAACUUUUUGGAACUUUAUUUGUAAGUGAAGUAUCUUCAGGAAGGCCAGAAGUACUCAAGCUAUAAGUAUGAAGUUGUUUGAACAACGCUGAGUGCCCUAAAAUGGUGUGACAAAAAAAUGCGUAACAGCGUUAAGUUUGUUUUUUGCUUCUUUUACGCGAGUAAAACAGUUAGAAGAAAACUUUUUUUACCGCUGAAAAGCUCGUUCGACGCUCUAUAAAAUUUGUUCAUCUGGAGAACGACUUUUUUAAGUAAACGACCUGGUUUUAAGUAAAACGUCGGGUAAACUGAUUGGUUUGGUUGAUGUUUUCUUUUUUAAGCUCAUAAGUGCUUAAGACAGCCUAAAAUUUUUUUGUUAUUAUCUUUCGAGAUUUGCUUAUUCAACAUGGUGAAGUUCAAAGUUAAUUUUCUACGAAAAGCAAAAACAUUUGGUAAAUAUGGCCGGCUUUUUGGAAAGUGAACGACUUAUGUUGACUUUUUCAGAAAAUUUCGUGAAAACAGUUGAAAAAGAGGCUAUCAAAGCCGAAGCCGUAAAAUGGCGUAAUUAUCCUGGUGUGAAUAGAGAGCUGCAUUCGAAAGUGUUAAAAUUCGUUCAAGAAGAUCUACAAACAGGUGAAUUAUCAAGACACUACCCAGAUAAAUCACAUUCAAGUUUUCAAUAUCGAUUACAACGUGAUGACGAAGACAACGUUCAAUUGAGAGUAACAAUACCAUCUGAAGAAGGAACAUUAACACAACCGAAAAAUGGCAGAAAAGAAGCUGAAAGACAACUAACAGCAACAGUAAAGGUGGAAAAAAACGUCGACAAACGAAAAACAUCCGUAGCCACACCAAAACAACAACAAGCAGAAGACGAUGAACAGCCAUUAGAUGAUCUGACAAACGAAGGAGGUGACAAAGGCGAGGAUGAAAAAGGUAAAACUCUGAACUUCGAUCAAGGUGUCUAUUUUUGUGGAUCGUGUUUCAUUCGGUACGAUGACAGGAAAGAGGAAGGUCAAAAAUUAGUAGCACAAGAAAAGCACGAUGAACCAAUGGAAACUGACCAGGAAGGCGGCGAGGAAAAGGAAGAAGAAGAUCAACCGUUAAGCCUAACAGAUGUACUGUAUACCGGUUCUGGACACAAGCACUGUGCAAUCUGCCGCAAAACCAUUGAGGCUGGUUGUGUAGUUAUGCCAAAAGCAGCACGUUUAGAUCUGUUAGUUUUGAAACGGAUGUACGCGUCACAUGGUGUUCGAUGCUGCAAAUCUCAUUUGAUCAACAAUCGUUUAUUGCCACAAUCAGAGAUCAAUAUGGACACCAGACAACAGCGACUAGCUGCGUUGCCACCUGCAGAAUUGGUAACUUUACUUGAUGAUGGUUUAUCACUAAUUCAAGAAGCUACUCAAGCACCGCGACUCGAUUUCAAUGACCCAGGUCUGGUGGACAAGGAUUAUGAGGCAUGGACAGGAUGGGCAAAAGAUCCGUUCGAUGAUAUGUUUAAUAUAGCGGAAAGAUCGAUGCGAUCUUCUUAUGAAUCGACACGUUAG